UUUGAGUCAGCGGUCCGUCCGUAAAUCGCUCCGUCCGAGCAGCGCUCACACUACAGCAAACUCGUCUCAUGCCUUCAUCUCAUAUUCACACAGCUUUUACUUCGACAUUUUGACGCCACAGCACAGAAGAUUUUGUCUUAUCUAUAUACUGUGACCAAACUAUCAUCGAUCUAAACCCAUCGAGUGCCGUUCUAAAGCUUUAUUUUGGUAUCAUCAGUGACAUGGCGGAGGUUCAACGCACAUCGAGUGAAACGAUAACCGAGACCGUUCAGACGGGGACACCGCCUCCACCCCAGCAGGAGGGCAGAAGCCUGACCAUCAAGCUCAGGAAAAGGAAGACGGAGAAGAAAGUCGAGUGGUCCAGUGACACAGUGGAUAAUGAACAUCUGGGCAGGAGGUCUUCAAAGUGUUGCUGCGUUUAUGAAAAGCCUCGACAGUUUGGCGAGUCGUCUUCAGAAAGUGAGGGAGACGAUGAGGAAGGCUGUGGAAGUGCGCACUGCAUUCUCGGACACGGGAGAAGAGGCCACGGACAGAAUGAGGGAGGGGGGUCAUCAGUCCCCCCCAGCUCAGGGGGAACAAACCCUCAUUAAUGAUUUAAGGAAACAGGAGAGUGUGUUUGGAGGGUAUUGGGCAACGUGGGCACUACAUUCAUAAUCCUUCAUCACCACUCGCACUUGGUUACGUUGCACCAUCACUGGGUGUCAAAAGCUUUUAAUACAUGAAAGCUUAUAGGUAAUUUUAAUGUGAUUGGUUUUCUCUGCGGUCAUUAAUGUGAUGACCAAAGCGAAGACUGCGUUUAUUUGCGAUCUAUAUACAUUUGAUUGUACAUAUCAGUUUUAUUUCUUUUUGUAAAAUCUGUAUUUAUUUAAUAAGUCCACGAAUAAGUGUUUCUUUUAAAUACACAUUUAAUAAAGAAACAUAACAGGUCUUGAGAUGUAAUAAAAUUCAGAUUUGAGGUCAUAUCUUUGAUGCAUUCUAAAACAAAUUUGCUCAAUCGGCCCACAUGCAGUUUGAAAAUGAAUUUAUAUGAACUAUAAUUUGCUUUGUAGUGUCACAUUUGUGCUUCACAUCACUUGAUCACUUGGGAACUUAAACAUAACUAUGUGUUGUGUGCUGUAGUGAAUACUGACGAUGGAAAAGAUCAUCAAUCUUUAGAUUUUUUUACAACGAUGCAUUAAAUAACCAAACACAUUUGAACUGAUGCCUUUCAGACAAUCAGACAUCUGACAUACAACUAAAAAAUGACUCCGUAUGUACAUUAUGUGUUGAACAAUAUCGCAAGUAAAGAGUGAACUGCAGUGUGUCGUGAAAAAAAGAUAUAGCAACGUACACACGACUGGUUUUGAUGUAUGCAUCAUUCACUUUCACUCCUUACACUAAAUACAGGGAAUACAUGUGUCAGUGUUGGCAUGUGUGUAAAGAUCACCCUGUUAAAACAUAAACUGUCUCAUCUCAUACUGGCUGUCAUGCUGCUUUCAUCCAGCAGAGUUAUGUUGUCAGGAAGAUGCAUAGGCAUAAGGUGUGCCAUGUUUUAUAAAAAGAAAAUGCAUGGCCGAGACCAAAAACACGAGUAACAUGUCUGAGGUCAGUCACACUUUACAGUUCAUAGGACUUUCACAUCGGUCAAUUAUAUUCUAUCAUUCAUACACAUCUGUCGACCCUUUACGGUGAACGCACCUGUAUGUACAUAGCAAAGGUCACAGAGAGGAUUUAACAUGAAUAAACUGAUGUAAAAUUAUGUUGUUUAUAUCUAUUAAAUGCGCAAACGAUGGCAACCUGA